AUGAAUUUCAAGGCUAAGAAUCUUACAUAUGACAAGAAUGAACCCGCCUUUCUUCGCAGACUUCGAAGUCAGUAUGGCGAUGGAACGGGUGAACGCCACGGGCGGUCCAAUGUGCGUCCUAUUAAGCCGAAAGACCCCGAUGCGGACGAUGAACCUACCUACGUCGAUGAAGAGAGUAAUGAAGUGAUUUCAAAGGAGGAAUACCAAGCGAUGCUAAGGAAUGCAGAAGAGAACACAAGUGAACAGCCAACGAGCAGGCCGGAGAAUGGUGACCAGAACCAAAACAGCACCAGCGAUAAAACUCACGAGAAGGCCACAGAGCCACCGGAAUUGGCUCCUAGCCAGAAGGUUGCGGAGAUAGGAGGUGCAAAGAAGAAAAAAUUGGCGAGAGUCAUUGCAGAUGAUGAUGAUGAUGAUGAUGAUCAGCCAGCUAAGAAAGAUGCCCAAGUAAAGGUUACCGAUCCGCCGAAAAAGAGGCAAAAGAAAAAGAAAAUUAAAUUGUCAUUUGAUGAAGAAACGGAAACAUGA